AUGGCGGCUUCCAUGCUGUGUCAGACAGUGAGACAGAGCCGAGUACACACGUGUGUCGCCGUCUUUCGCAGAGGACUGAGCUCCAGCCCCGCGUCUCCUCCGUCUCUGUUAACGAGGUUUCUUUUGAAACUUCAUCAGCAUUUCUAUGAUGUCGAGCAUCUCAUAGGCUGGCGUGCAAAGCACAGAAGUUGGUUUGUCCGACGCAAAAAUGUUUUCUAUGGUUACACACAGCAGAACUAUGGUGAAAAUAUAGCAGCAGCCUACUACAUCCUAAGCUUGAAAGGUAGUUUCAGGUUUGCUGGCCAGUCCGAAUGGUUUCGACCAAAUGCCAGGGGCAAAUUCAGUUAUGACUUCAUGAAUUACCCCACUUCAUCAAUAGAGGAGAUUGAUCUGAGUGGUACACCUAUAAACCACGUGGGCCUGGAUAACCUUGUGAGUCAAAAGGGCCUACGUUCUCUCUCUGUGAGAGGCUGUCCCGAGGUGGACGACUGGUUCCUGUCCCGUCUUCAUGUGUUUGGGGAGAGUCUGGAGGAGCUGGAUCUAUCCCAUUGUCCACAGAUCACUGUGGGAGGCCUUGCUGCUCUACAAAACCUGAGGAUGCUGCGUCACCUGGACGUCUCGUCCCUACCUCGACUCCAAAGCCCCGGCCUGGUGCAUAUCCUGCUGGAGGAAAUGCUCCCUCGCUGCCACGUCAAAGGAGCAGAAUACAGUCAGGGUCUAAUUCAGUCAGACAUUCCCAUUCAGACAGAGUCAGUGCAGGAGCCUGUCACAGAGACGCGGUGA